CACCGGAGAGCCGGCGGCCAUAAAGAGAGAGAGAGAGAGGGGCAGGAGAGAGAAGUGGAAGGCCUUUUUCAAGGAGUCGGCAGGCAGCGCCGAUGUCGGCUUCUUGCUCUCUUAUCCAUGCUAUAGCAUCCACCAUUCCACGAAGGGCCACUCCCUCGUCUUCCUCUAUAAGGAGCAAGACUCCUGCCAACUUCAAUUGCAGAUUUUCCUCUCGUCGGCUCCGCCGCCUCACGAGCUUUUUCUCAUCUUCUUUUUCCUCUUUUUCGUCUUCUUCUACCAUCGCUGAUCCCAUGGGAAAAGAGGUCACCUCAGUUGAAGACCCUUCCAUGGACGCCGUUCAGAGGCGGCUCAUGUUCGAUGAUGAGUGCAUUUUGGUUGAUGAACAUGAUAAUAUUGUUGGACAUGAUUCAAAAUACAACUGCCAUUUGAUGGAGAAAAUUGAGAAGGAAAAUUUGCUUCACAGGGCCUUUAGUUGUUUCCUGUUUAACUCCAAAUAUGAGUUGCUGCUUCAGCAAAGAUCUGCUACAAAGGUCACUUUUCCUUUGGUAUGGACAAAUGCUUGUUGCAGCCAUCCUCUCUAUCGUGAAUCUGAGCUUAUAGAGGAGAAUUUUCUUGGGGUUAGAAAUGCUGCACAGAGGAAGCUAUUAGAUGAACUUGGGAUUCCCCCAGAGGACCUUCCUGUUGAAGAGUUCAUUCCUGUUGGACGCAUUCUUUACAAGGCCCCAUCCGAUGGAAAAUGGGGGGAACAUGAGCUAGAUUAUCUACUUUUUGUUGUCCGCGACGUCAAGCUGAAUCCAAAUCCAAAUGAAGUUGCCGGCGUUAUGUAUGUGAAUAGAGCCCAACUCAAUGAGCUGUUGCGGAAAGCCAAAGCUGGGGAGGACGGCAUUAAACUCUCGCCAUGGUUCAGGCUGGUUGUCGACAAUUUCCUAAUGAAAUGGUGGGAUCAUGUGGAGAAAGGUACUCUCCAUGAGGUUUCUGACAUGAAAGCUAUUCAUAAGAUGCUAUGAACUUAUUACUGAAUUCUCAGUGGCUUUCAAAUGUUUGUCAUAUGGUUCUCUUGGCUCGAUUUUGUGAACAAAGCACGCUAAUGUUUGUGCAAUAUUUGUAUUAUAAUGACCCGGAGGAUUUGUACCAUUAUUUGUUAUACCAUUCACAUGCAUGUUUUCUUCCUUGACAAUUCAAGCUUUUUCAGGAUCUGCAUUACUGCCACAA